AGCGGGCGGCCGUCUGCGCUCACUUGUUCGACACUCACUCGCCUGGAGGUUUCCCCGCCGGCCGCGUCCCGUCCGCUCGCUGCGAACCAGGAGUACCCUCUGCGCGCCCCUGGGCUCCGCUCUGGCCCCGCUGCGCGAGACGCAGCUCUGCCCGACGGCGACAUGGGUUUUCCCCCAGUCCCGGAGGCUGGCAGCCGGCGCUGGAGGCCUGUGCUCCUCGCCUUCUUCCUGGCUGCCUCCCGAGCAGGCCUGGUGACAGCGUUCAAGAUUGCCACGCCCUAUUCCCUGUACGUGUGUCCUGAGGGGCAGAACGUCACCCUCACCUGCAGGCUCUUGGGCCCCCUGGCCAAAGGGCACGACGUGACCUUCUACAAGACCUGGUACCGCAGCUCGCGGGGCGAGGUGCAGGUCUGCUCAGAGCGCCGGCCCAUCCGCAACCUCACGUUCCAGGACCUCCACCUGCACCACAGUAGCCACCAGGCCAACAGCAGCCAGGAUCUGGCCCAGCGCUAUGGGCUGGAGUCGGCCUCCGACCACCAUGGCAACUUCACCAUCACCAUGCGCAACCUGACGCUGCUGGACGGCGGCCUCUACUGCUGCCUGGUGGUGGAGAUCAGGCACCACCACUCGGAGCAGCGGCUCUUUGGGGCCAUGGAGCUGCAGGUGCAGAGAGGCGAAGAAACACUAUCCAAGUGCAUCGCGUACCCACCCUCCUCCAACGAGAGUGAAAGCAUCACGGCUGCUGCUCUGGCUACGAGCGCCUGCAUUGUGGGUAUUCUCUGCCUCCCCCUCAUCCUGCUCCUGGUCUACAAGCAAAGGCAGGUGGCCUCCAACCGCCGUGCCCAGGAACUGGUGCGGAUGGACAGCAACAACAUUCAAGGAAUUGAAAACCCUGGCUUUGAGACCUCUCCACCUUCCCAUGGGAUGCUGGAGGCCAAGCCCAGGCAGCCCCUGUCCUACAUGGCCCAGCGGCAGCCUUCUGAGUCUGGGCGGCACCUGCUGUCUGAGCCCAACACUCCUCUGUCUCCACCGGGCCCUGGGGAUGUCUUCUUCCCCUCCCUAGACCCUGUCCCUGACUCCCCAAAUUCUGAGGCCGUCUAAACCAGCUGGGGGCCCGUGGGUAGUUGUGGCUGGGCCUGGGGCAGGGGCAUUUGAGCCAGGGCUGGCCCUCUUACUGGUCCCUUUGGCCCUGGUUUCUUCCCUCCAAGCUGUAAGCUCAGACUCUUUGAAAUACCCCUGAUGGCCAGAUCUUCCACCUCUCUGGAUGGCAGAAGGGAGAAGGUGUUGGACAGUCCAGCCCCUCUCUCAAGGAUGGUGAGAGGCUUGGAUCCCACCCCAGGGACCUGAAAUUCACCAGCUACUGAUGCCAGAUGACCUCUGUUCUCAAAGCCCCAGGACUGCCAGCUCCCGUGGCAGCCUCUCUCUCUCUGGGACAUAAGCCCUGAGACCUGAGAGUAUAGAUGCGCACUGGGCAGACCUCCCAGUGCCACCCUCCAGGCCCGAGACACAAGGUGUGCAGAGACUCUUCCCACUGCGGUGGGCCUGGCUCCCCAUUCCCGCCUGAGACUGCUCAUCCAUCAGACUCACUCUUUGUAAUCAUGAGGCUCUGGGGCUAGGCCUGCCUGACCUGGCUGCCUUCUAACCAGCAGACUCUCUGAGGGGCUAUCAACUGGUUAAACAAAUCUGGGGUUCCCACUGCCUGUACUCUGGGUCCCCAGAAUGCACUGGCCGGAAGCCCCAAAACAGGAAGUACACCCUGGGGCACGGUGACCACUGUGAGCCAACUGGCAUCUUGGGUAAUGGGAGCCAGGUCAGAGGUUGUACUGCCGCCCGCCAUAGUGGUGAGUGGAGGGAGAGUGGGCUGGCGGGGGGCGUGGGCCUGCUGGGAAGGUUCAGAGGAGAGGGCUCCUCCCCCUCUCCCUGUGGUCAGGAGAGCUGGUGACCACAUAAUGUACUGCCCAAACUAUGACGACUUUUCAGUGUGAAGAGGGGGUGCUAUUAAAAACUACGUGGGUGACAGUGUAAAAACCCCACGGACAGAUUGUAAGAGCUGGGUUGAAAUCCCUACUCUGCUUCUGAGGUGCCUGAGGCCCAGGGAGCCCUCCACCGCCACCCCCAGUCUUCGAGGACCUCUGUUCCAGUCACUCUCCACUGAGCCAUCAGGGCAGCGGGACCCUGUUGGGUGGGAGGAGCGGGCGUGUCCACAGAAAGUCUGGGCCUGCUCUGCCCUAGACCCUCUGCUUCCAUCUCCUGCUUCAGGCAUGACCCAGGUUUGUCUUUAUAUACAAAUAGGAGGGGAAUCCUUUGUGGAAUUUCAAUUAAAGAGUUUUAAAGCGCGGAGAGGAGUGGGGAGGGAAUCUCUGUACCCUGUGGGGUGAAAAUGGGUGGUGGGGCCAUUUGAACUAGACAGGCACCCUGGGCACUGCCCUGUGGAGCGUGUCAUUUCAACUGGGCAUUCGUCUGCCAGCAGCCUACACUGGCUCUGCUGAGCUGGGCCUGGGUGCUGAGAGCCCGGGCUUCUGGCCAGGAUAAUGGCCCAGCAGGCAGGGAGAUGCUCCCCCUGGCUGGGAUGGGGAUGGGAGAGGAGCAGCAGCAAUGAGCCCCGGGCCUGCACCUGGAGCCACGGAGCUCCCUUCUCAGGUCCAAGGCUGUGGGCCAGCGUGGGCCCUGAGCUGUACAGGGGGCUUGGGCCUCAAGACUGCACUGACGCCUCCAGUGGCCAGAACACUGAACCCUGGCUCCUGCUUUGUCCCUGGGGGUCCACUCCUGUUUUCUUUGCUGCUGUGGACACUCAGUGCCAGCUGCCACAAAGAGAGGGUGCUCUCUUCACAGCUUGUGGGGUCCCAGGGGCAGGGAUGGGCAGGGUAAUACUUGCUCAAGGCAGGGCCAGGCUACCCCUGGGGUUGAAGGACAAGCCCACAGACUAGACUCCUCAUCCCCCAGUUCAGAAAGAAUGUUCCUGCCUGGUGGGGAGGCUGGCCUGGCCCAAACCUCAUCUCUGACCUCAAGGCAGAGACAACUUCUAAGAAUUUGGCUGCCAGACCCCAGGCCCACCUGCCGCUGUGUGGAGAAGGGAGGAGGCCCUGGAGUAGAAAGACACCACACUUCCUCCCCAGCUUCCUCCUGCGUGGCCUCGAGCUCGUCUCUGGACACUUACUAGUGAACGUAUAGCUUCGUGGUUUCCUGUUUUCAGCGAAAUUUACUCUGAGCUCCAGCCUCCAUCUUCAUCCACGACAACACAUCCUGUCCCUAGCAACCCUAAAAGCACUCCCUGCUACCCCAGUGCUGUGGGGAAAGGCAGGGUACCCGGGCUGUCCCUCUGCGCUCGCCUCGGGUGGCAGUGCCUCUGGAGAUGCCUGUGGGCUGAAGGGGUGGGGAACAGAAUGGGGGAGCCAGAGCACGGUGCCUGCCUUUAGGGAGCUGGGAGGAGCCCUGGGAGGGAAAUUUGUUUUUAGGCACUAAGUCAUUGUUAAGAGAGGUAUCAGGAAUUAUGGGGCCUGUAACCUCUUUCUCGAUGCUCACAUUUAGUAAAGAUCUCCUGCCUGUAUUUCCUGCAAGUGAGAGAUGAAGGGAAUGAGACUGACCCUCUCUGAAAACACACUGCAGAGACCACUGGAGAUGCUGCUGUUGGAUCAGGGGCGCCCUGCCUGGGAGUCUGUGGUGUUAGACUAGGGUGGGUAUGCAGGAACCCCUGGGGGCCCUGCUCAGAAGACCAGCCCUGGGGACACUGUGGCUCCUGCCUGGCCAGAGCUCCCUCCUACACGUAGCAACCUGGGACAGAGGAGCUAACGCAUCACCUUCUUCAGGGAGUGCUCUGUGGUGCAGGAAUCGGGGGCUGCAGAGGCCUUGUCACCCUCCACCCUGGCUGGGGCACUGGUGCCCUGCCUCCUGGAAGAGGCCUUCCGGGUGUCAGCUCGAGCUGACAGGGCUGGCCUAAUUGUGCUGGGGGCUGGGCUAAGAUUUGCUCAGGGAACUCAAAGGGAAUAACAGUGGUGGAAAGAGGAACUGGGGAUGGCAGCCAGGCUGCUAGGUGCAAAGGGCACUUAAGAAGCUGAUACUCACAGCUCAGAUGAACUUCCGUCCCAGCCCAUCAGAAGCGCUGCCCAUCCAGUCCUCCACUGGGACCGUACCCGCUGCAUGGCUGCCUCUCCUGCAUGGCCCCUGUGUUUCCCUAACUGUUUUGGAGGUUAGGGAACUGUUCUGCAGUUCUAGGGCAGGGGUCCCAUAACAGCCUGCCCUUUGGACCCUGUUGCAGAGCUCAUGACCGAAACGUAGCCACUGGGUGAUGGGCUGAAGCAGGAUGCCAGGGUUCCGUUCUCUGGACCACUCAGACUGGCUCUAGUUUCCUGCAGCUUCGUCUGGGCCUCGUGGAAUCUCCUCAACAGCAAUGGUGCCCUGAGCUUUUGCAGGCCAAGGGACAUGGGUUUUACUUUGUUUUGCAAUUCUGAUCUCUUGGUAUGGCUUCCUGGGAUUCUCAAGUAUCAAUAUAGUUCAAUGGGAAAGUGCUGACAUCCGCUACCGAUGCCUGCCUUGGGCACAGGAUAGGGAAGGGCAGUAUGUGUUCUGUAUCUUUGCUCUUCUGUGAUAAUACUCGGGGUUUUCCAAAACACUUUCUCAGGUGUUAUGACUUCUUUGGUUCCUACUCACUCCCUGCUCCCACAGAAAACCCAGGAAGGUUUUAUUGUUCCAUUUAAUGCACAGGAAAACUGAGGUUCCAAAAGGUUUGUGUCAUGUCACAACUGAAUGUGGAACCAGGACUGAAGUCUGCGUCUCCUGAUUCCCAGUCCUGUGCUCCUUUCUCUGCACCGAAGCAAGUCACCUUACAGGCCAGGACUUGGACUUGCUUACUGUGCACACCAGGCCCGGGGGAUGAGCCUGUGCCCACAAGCCCAUGGCUCCACUCCUUCCACAUCAGUCUUUUCUCUCCCCUUCCUGCCUGGCAGCCCUGAAGCCACAUGACUCCCAGGGGGCACGGCAGCCUGUGCACCCACUUGCUCGUGGGCGGGGAAUGGGGAAGGUAGGAAUUUGUCUACCCACAGAGCCUCAGGGUCUCCCGGAGGAACUGAGCCAGUUGCUUGUGUAGCAUUUGGGCAACUGCAGAACAUUCUCGAGAAGCAGGGCUACAGGAAGGGCCUGGCUUGAAUCAGGCUGGGCCAGAGAAGGCUGGCUUACUUGGCGUGCAGCACGGGGAAGGGGCUGGGUUGGCAUUUUCCUGAGCUUGAGCAAAGGGAAGCAGGCUUCAUAAACAGCAGCAGGAUCCAAGUUUAAUAAAGGCCCUGGGCGCCCUGGGCCUUAAAAAUACGAGGUGAGCUGACAAGAGCAGCAUUCCCCACUCACAGACUUUUGUGGGGCCAUUGCUGGCAGCUCUCGUACCAGAAGUGGUGGGAGAUGUCCUGUCUUUCUGCCUAAACAGGUGUCUUCUGCAGGUCCCCACCAGCCUGAGAAGCCAGGGCUGGUUAUCUGGGACUGUCUGACCUCUGGCUGUGAUUCGUACAGCAGGAAGGUCCCCUCAGAACCUCCCUCUCCCCAUCCCCCUGCCAAUGUGCCAUUGUGGCUGGGGCUCAGCUUCUGACCUCCCAGUUGCCUCCCGUCCUUCCUCCCUGGCCCAGCCCUUCCUCUCGCAGAGGCCUCCUGACGGCCACUCAGAUCCCUCCCCCAAGCCUGGCCGGCCUGCCUGUGGCCUGGAGCAAGGCUGGGGACUGAGGCUGUACGAUGACUUCCCUUGCUGGGUGGUACACCAUUGUGUGACCGGCCUGGUGGCCCGGAUGCCCCUUGCAGCCCAGCUGUUCUGAGCUCUGGAUGAUACGGGGCUGAGAGCGGGGUGGGGAUGGCCUUGGCUGUUUGUAGGAAAGCUCUGCUCUCAGGAAAUGGGUGGAGGAGAGCCCAGGGAGAAAAGAAGAGACGGGAGGGCUUGCAUAUAGGAUUUCUCUUGGUUUUAGGGAGACUUUGUAGCCAAAUCCCACCUUCCUGCUUAGGAAGCCUUAUCCUUUAAGACAUGGAGGCAAAUGCCUUGUCCAGCGCCUUCCAUGGCUCCUGUCUCUGAACUUCUAGCACUCUGUCACAUCUGAGGGUUGUCAGCUCUCGGUUACGUGUCUAUUUUCCCCCCACUAACUGUAAGCUCUGUGAGGGCAGAGCUGUGUCCAACCCAUCUCUGACUUAUAGGCCUGGCACAUAUUUAGUGUUGAAUGAACGAAUGAAAUAAUGAAUUAAUAACUCUAACUUGCUCUUGUCCAACAGGAAGGUUGGUCCUAUGCUACCUCUGAGGGCUGGCUUGAACCAGGCAGAUAAUUAUAGGUGGGAACAAGAGGACUACAUGUGGGUCUGAUGGGUGUCUUUAGACAGAUGUAUGUACCCUGUUAAACCAUGGUGGCCUUUCCUGAAACUUUGAGAUGGCUUGUCCGAGGCUUCUUGGGGCUCUGGUUGGCCUAGGAGAGGCUGGAAUGAUCCUAACUCUCCUCCAGAGAAAUCUGCAAAAUAGCAGAGAAGGCCCCUUCACUGGUCACCUUUGGCUUGGGGGCACUCAUGACCCUGGCAGGUUCAUAGUCCAGACGUGACAGUCUGGUCAGUGGCAGCAAAUCUUCAAGGGUCCAGCACUCCUUGGAGACAAAUGCCAAUUCUGGGGAGCUGGAGGCAGUGGCUACAGGGUUCUAACUUAGCUGGGGCAGGAGGGAGUGAAGGGGAUGUCUGAGAAAGCAUUGGCACCAGCCCUUGGGGCCUGCCGCAGACACAUCAUGGGGAGAAUAUGUAGACAGAGAGCCCUGCUCUGGGCUCUGAAUGCUGCCCUGGGUCUAGACCACCUGCGGCUCCCCGGACCCGCCCUGGAUUAUCACUUGCUCUGAGGCCUUUGUUCGGGUUGAUGCCCAGAUCCAGAAUAUGCUUCCCCCCUUUGUUGUGCUAACUGUGACCUUCGACUAGACAGCCCAGGUGUCACCUGCCCCCAGGAAGCCUUCCCCAAGGCCCCACCUACACCUUGGCCUCACUGUCUCCCUUACUCGCUGCACUUCACUGUGGCACACUGGCUUCGUCUCUGUAUCUCUGGGGCCUGGCACAGAGUGGGUAUUCAGGGAAUGCUGGCUGGCUGAAUAGCUGAGCAAACAUGGUCCAGGGCUAAGUUCUCAACAAUGCUCCUGCGAUCCCUGCAUUUCUUUACUGUGGUGUUGCCAAAAAAAUAUCAAGUCAAAAGUGAUCUUUUCGCAACAUGAAGCAGCAGAAAAAAACUUGAAGGGAUGGAUUCAUUUUGACUUAAAAGUUUUCUCCUAGAAAUGUUUCCCCAGCUGGUACUUGAUGCUGUUUGGCUAUUACGAUAUUGGCCCAGGAGCCAUAUACACACAUGUGCAUACACCCCAUCCCUAAACUUGGUCAUCCUGAAGGUGUUUUCUGGGAGCAGAGUUAGUGAUGACCAGGAUGAGGAGGGUAGACAAAAGGAGCCUGCAUUUCUCACCACCCAAAUUCCCACACUCCUACCAGGGAGCUGGAACAGGCUGAGACCUGCUUCAAGGACGGCCAGAAUGCUCUGUGUGUCUGAGGAGGCAGUGCCUGUGGGUCUCCACUGGGCUCGGAUGGAUCUCUACAGAGGGUAUGGUCAACAGAUGAAACUUCUGACCAUGGGGACCAGCCCCAAGUUCUGUGGGGACUGCUUGGGGAGUAGCCCACUCAUUUUGGGUGGUUAAAUGUGGCUAGGGUGAUUUCACAUUUCUCAAAUUCUCAUUUCUUCCUGGGACCAAAAGGAAACCAGAUGUUGCCCCCCCAACUCAGGGUCUUAGAAUAUUAUGAGUCUCACCUACUGCCUCCCCGGGAAACUCUAGGACUGUGGGGUGUGGGGAAGCAUGGGGAGUGGGCAUGAGAGUGGUGUGUGCACUGGCCUAGGUCAGGAUGAAGAAGAGCAGCAUGACAAAUGCUGAGCUGCCCAUCUCCUUCUUGUGAACAGAGCCCUACUUUUAUUUGAGACAGUGUUAUAUGUGGCCUCCAAGUAAUAAGCCAAUCCCAACAAUCCUGUCCCUCAUUUUCUCCAACCUCCUUACAGCUAGGGUGCCCCUGAGUACCUCUUCUGGCCAAUGAGUCACAAGAGAACUCGAGAAUAGUUCCAGAAAAUUUUGUGCUUUCCUGAUAAAAAGGCAGAAAUUGCUUGCACGGCUCUUUGUUUUUUUCUUUUUUUGUUAUUUUAUGCCUGAAUGCUGACAUGAUGGCUGGAGCUAUAGCAACCAUGUUGCAACCAUAAGGGAAACAUUAGUUCUGACAUCACUGAGCACAAAAUCAAAGUUUGUAAUUCUCUGCAGAAUUGCUGUUAUGUGAUAAAAAUGUAUUCUCACUUA